AUCACAGGCACAGGUGUUUUGACUAUUCCUCUGACAUUAGUUUUCAAAUGUAACAGCGACAGAUGACUUUUUCUUCUUUUUUUCGAUUCAGUUCAAGUCAGUUUAUUUUGCAUUAAGAAAUUCAUGGUAAAUAUUACAAAAUGGUGAAAGAACACAACAGAUUAAAAUGGUCUCCGAACCCUCCCAAAAAAAGACCGGACAACAUCAUAUCGUCGAAGGCGAGAGAGAGAAAUAUUGUGGCUUUCAAACCCCAAUAUGAAGGCGAGGGCAGAGAGAAUAUGUGGAAGCUAAUGAGCAAUGAAGACUUGAGAGAGUGGUUCAAGGAAUGGGCGGUUUUCAACAAAGAUGUUUACACAAGGGAACAGAUAAUCAAAGAAGAAUCCAAGAUCCAACGUAAAUGGAUACAGAGGAUGAUGACCUAUAGACAGCCGACCAAACUUGAGAUCAUUGAGGAACGGUUACGAAAGCCAAUAUCUACUGGCGCCAAAGGUAGCAAAAUAGACAUUAGAUGCAAGUACAAACCAGCCUGUGCCGAGCCAUCCAUCAGCGCAGGUUCUGCACCGCUUGGUGUUCAACAGUCGAAGAAUAAAGAUCAUCGACAUCCAGAAACGAAAUCAAAGGAUGAAUCGAAGGAGAAUGAGAAGAAAACCGCAGUAAAAACCGCAAAAAAUGGCGGUCUACGAGGAAAUAAACCUGAAGUUUGCAAGUGCAACCAGAAACCUCUAGUACGGCUUUGCAGAUGUGGCAUUUCUCAAUAAUUGUACCGCCUUUACAAUAUUUCUUUAUUAUUUUUCAAAGUUAAAUAAAUGCAAGAAUCUCUACAUUGCGCAGUGUAUUAUAAACUUGAGGUGUUACUUGCUUUCGGUCAUAAUUUUUUAAAUGGUCUAGAAUUUUAAUACAUUCAAGUUAUAAGUUAUUCUAUUGCCACAUGCUUCUACUUUGAACGAAAUCUAC